UGCAGAGACUGGAGGCCACAGCUGUGUGAGGAGCCUCCCGGACUCUGAGCGGACCGGGUCACCUGGGUAGGACCCGGAGGAUUCCUUGUUUCCUUGUUUCCUUGUUCCCUUGUUUCCUUGUUUCCUGAACCUUACCGAAAGACAGCUUUCCUCCGCGGGAAGAGUUUCUGCUUCCCGUCGACAUGCUGCUGGUUCUGCUCCUCGCUCUGGGCCCCGCGGCCCGCGGCGCCGAGCCCUCCUCCGGUACCGUCCAGUACCGGGUUUGGGAGGAGCAGCCCUCGGGGACCCGGGUCGGCCGGCUGGCGGACGAGCUGCGGCAGAGGGAGGGGGGCCGUCCUCUGGAGGACUUCCAGCUGGUGGAGCAGGGGAAGCCCCUCCCCUUCUCCGUGGGCGCUCGGGACGGGCUGGUCCGCACCGAGGGCCGACUGGACCGGGAGGCGCUGUGCCGCGGGUCGGACCGCUGCGAGCUGGCCUUCAGCGUCCUGUUCCGGAGGAGCGGCGCCGUGAGCUUCCUGCGCGUCCGCGUGGAGGUGCUGGACCUGAACGACCACGGCCCCGCCUUCCCGGCCGCGCUGCAGGAGGUGGAGAUCUCGGAGAUGGCCGGCCCCGGGAUGCGGAUCCCUCUGGACCGGGCCUCGGACCCCGACGCCGGGCCCAACGGCCUCCAGACCUACUCGCUGUCCGCCAACCGGCAUUUCGCUCUGGACGUGACGGCGGUGCCGGGCGGCGGCCGGCAGGCGGAGCUGGUGGUCGUCGGGGAACUGGACCGGGAGGUCCGGGCCACGUUGGACCUCACCCUGGUGGCCUGGGACCGGGGGACCCCGCCCCGGUCCGGCAGCACUCUGGUCCGGGUCAACAUCCUGGACUCCAACGACAACAGCCCGACGUUCGAGGACGCCCGCCCCACGGCGGAGCUGCCCGAGGACGCGGAGCCGGGCGCCACCGUGAUCCGGCUCCGGGCCUCCGACCCGGACCAGGGGCCCAACGGGGAGGUGGAGUACCUGCUGAGCGGGCACGCGGCCCCGGAGGUCCGGAGGCUCUUCUCGGUGGACCCCCGGUCCGGCGCUGUGAGUCUCAGGGCGCCUCUGGACCGCGAGGCGCGGGCCUCCUACGCGGUGCCGGUCCAAGCCCGGGACCGCGGGCCCAACGCCGUGCCGACGCACUGCGAGCUGCUGGUCCGGCUGCGGGACGUCAACGACAACGCGCCCCGGAUCCACGUGACCUGGACCCCGGCCGGGGCCCCCGGCGCCGCCGUGCCGGAGGGCGCCCCGGAGGACACCUUCCUGGCGCUGGUGACGGUCUCGGACGCCGACUCGGGGGAGCGCGGCCGGGUGGCGCUCGCCGUGCGGCCCGGCUCCGGGCCCUUCCGGCUGAAGCGGCUCCAGGGGGACGACUACAUGCUGGUGACCGGCGGCGGGCUGGACCGCGAGGCGGCGGCGAGCUACAACGUGUCCCUGCGGGCGCAGGACCACGGGGACCCGCCUCUGGCCUGCGUCCACAACCUGGCGGUCCGGGUUCUGGACGAGAACGACAACGCGCCGGUGUUCUCCCGCCCGCUCUACAGCGCCUCCUUCAGGGAGAACAACGCGGCGGGCCGCCUGGCGCUCACCGUGGUCGCCCGCGACGCCGACCUGGAGCUCAGCGGCAGAGUUUCCUACUUCCUGCGCUCGGCCGACGAGGCGGCGCCGUUCUCCGUCCACCCGACCAGCGGCGCCGUGCGGGCGCGGCGCCCUCUGGACUACGAGGCGUGCCGCAGCUACUCCUUCACGGUGGAGGCCGUGGACCGGGGCCACCCGCCGCUCACCGGCACGGCCGCCGUGAUCAUCGCCGUCCAGGACGUGAACGACAACCGGCCCGUCAUCAGGGAGCCGGAGCCCAGAGGGGGCGUGGCCUCUCUGAGCGUCCCCGUGGACACGGACAAGGGCGAGAUCGUGACGGCGCUGGGGAGCGGCGGUGCCGCUCCGCAGCUCGGCUUCCUGGCGUCCACCUUGAGGGCCGACGACGCGGACUCGGGGCCGAACGGCCGGCUCAGCUACCUCAUCGCCGGGGGCAACCCCGACGGGCUGUUCUGGUUGGACGGGGCGUCGGGCCGGCUGUUCGUCAACGCCACCAACGCCACGGCGCUGGUGGGCAGAACCUUCUCGCUGACGGUGGCCGUGGCCGACGGGGGCAGCCCCAGCCUGGCCUCGGAGGCCGCCCUGCAGGUGACCUUCACCGACCUCAGGGACCACCUGAAGAACUCGUCCCCGGGCGCCGGCGGCCGGCCGGGCUUCGGCGUGAUGAUGGCGGCGUGCCUGGGCGCGGCCUGCCUGCUGCUGCUGGCGGCCGUCGCCGUAGCGGCCGCCUUCUGCCGGCCGGUGAAACGGGAACGCCGCGCGUACAACUGCCGGCAGGCCGAGUCGGCCUACGACCGCCACCCGCGGCGCCCGCAGAGGAACAUCCGGAAGGCCGACAUCCGGCUGGUUCCCGUCAUCAGAGGGCGGCGGGACGAGCCCCCAGGGGACGGGGGCGGGGCCCGGCCUCAGGCUCCGCCCCCGAUGACGUCAGACGAGGGGCGGACCGAGUACCCGUUGAACAGCAGCUUUCGUUCCCGAGGGUACCCUGAAGGGGGCGCCGCCCGCCACUGCGGAACGCCGCGGACACCCGGGAACACGGAACCGGACGCCGCGGCCUCACACUGCAGCACCUCGAGCGGCCACCGGGAGGAGGCGACGCUCAGGAGGCCCGACGCCCAACACCGGCAGACCCUCAGGAACCUGGUGCGGCUGUCCAUGGCGGCGUUCGGAGACGCCAUCGAGCUGUCGGCGGCGUCCCCCGACGUGCAGCAGAUCUCCCAGCUCCUCUCUCUCCUCCAUCAGGGUGAGCUUCAUCCGAGACCAAACUUCAGAGGGAACAAGUACUCUCACCGCCACAGCAGAUAUGGAGGUCAGGACUGCUCUGAUUGGCUGAGCACUAAGGACAGUGGACAUGGAGAGAGUGAGGCUGGAGAUGUGGACUGGGAACCAGGAAGAGACUCACCUCUUGACCCCGAGCUGGAAGAGGCCCUCAACAUGCUCAACGACGACGUGUCCUGGAUGUCCCGGCUGUCCGUCCCGCUCAGCGCCGGUUACCACGACAACGUCUUCUUCCCCAACGCGCCGCCGUCCACUGAAGACAAGCUCCGCCCCCCAGAGGCGCUGGACUCCUCCUCCUUCUCCACUUUCGGUAAGAAGGUGGAUAGGGCGUGCCCAGUGGGCGGGGCCUUGCUGUGUGAGGUCAGCGCUCUGUUUGAGCUGCUGAUGACUCAUAAGGCCGGCGCCCCCCAGGCCGACGCCCCCUAGGCCGACGCCCCCCAGGCCGACGCCCCCCAGGCCGACGCCCCCCAGGCCGACGUCCCCCCCCAGCCCUGGGCCUGGCGUCCUGUGCCGUCUCUCCGCGGCGUACCGACGCUCUCUGGACGCCGCCGGCGCCGCUAGGAACUCUGGGAAGGCCGAGAAGAGGGCGGGGCCUUGUGCGUCCUCAGAACUUCACCAAUGAGAGGACUGAGGAGAUGUCACGUGAUCAUGAAGGAGACUCCGCCCCUCAGCAGGGACGUCCUGCUUGUUGUUGUCUGUCUUUGUUUGUCAACAACCUGCUGAGUGAUGUUCAUGAGGACAGAUGUAAACAUGUCUUCAACCUGAAGAGGUCAGAGGUCACUGUCCCUAGAACUAUAUAUAUACAUAUAUGUACACUACCGUUCAAAAGUUUGGGAUCACUUAGAAAUGUCUUUAUUUUUCAAAGUAAAGCACUGUUUUUUCAAUAAAGAUAACAUUAAUCAUAAA